CUCCCGGCCCAACGGUCGCCUCCUUCCUUUCUCGCUUCCCCCAAUCGAAUCCUCAUCCUCCUCUCCAACGGAUCGCGCAUCAUUCGCGGAUCGAUUCCUCCCCCGCCGCUUUCCCCUUCCGGCCUUCCCCUCCGCCUCAAAUUCGAACCCCUUCCCCUCCCCGCGGCCGCCGCCUCCAUCACGAGAGCGACGUGACCGCUCGCUCCAGUCAGGCGCCAGCCAUCACCAGUCCACGACACGACCACCACGCGCCGCCCCUCCUCCUUGUCGUCGCCGCGCGGGUUGUCGAGGGCUCGCGGGUUGGCGCGCCCCGCGAUGGAAGAGGACGCAAGCGGCGGCGGCGGCGGCCUGGGCAGCGCCGGUCCACCCGCCGCCUCCUCGCCGGUUGUGGCCGCCAGGAAGACGGUGAGGGUGUCCGACUUCCGCGACUUCAUCAUGCCCUCCCGCGCCGCCGACUACCAGGGCCGCUUCGCCGUCGCCGAGGCCGAGGAGGGCUCGUUGGUCUCCGCGGCGGCGGCGGGGGUAGCGCCGGCUUCGGAUCACCACGCCGGCGGCGUGGGAUCGACGUCACCGCCCGGCGCCGUCGCGUGCGAGGGGGCGCUGCAGGACACGCCGGACUACAUCCGGAGGGGCGCCGCGCGGCACCGGGUCGCGCCCCUCGAGCUCUUCUCCGCCGUGACGUCGCCGCCGCCCGCUGAGGAUGCGGCCAGCGCGGAAAGCCGUGGCGUGUCCAGGGCAGGCGGAGCGCGCCAGGCUGAGACCGUGGGUGGUGCUCCAAGCGGGCUAGAGAUGCUGCAAGCGGAAGAGGGCGAAUCUGGUUGCUGUGGCCAGCUGAAACAGCAGUACGGUUUACUCCUGCGGGAGAAGGAGGAAUGCAGGAGGCUUCUGGAGGACUUGAUGAGGGAGAACGUGCUCAAGACCAGAGAAUGCCGUGAAGCACAGGAGUCACUUCGUGAUCUGCAGAUGGAGCUCAUGAGGAAGUCAAUGUACGUUGGCUCCUUAGCAUCUGCAGUUGAAGGGCAAGUGAAGGAUAAGAGUCGACUGUGUCAAUUUGUCAACGAAUUGGGUGAAAAAUUCAAGGUUUUGAAGUUGGAGCACCAGAAUUUACGACAAGAGUCACUAGAAUACAAAAACUGUGUGUUGGAUGCUACACAAAUGUGCAAAACAAUUCAGCAAUAUGUGAAUCAAUAUGCAACUCUGGAAUGCGAGUUUAAAGAUCUCAAAGAAAAGUUUAGUGAGGAGGCAAAGGAACGCAAGGAUUUAUACAACAAGCUUAUAGAGUUGAAGGGUAAUAUAAGAGUGUUUUGCCGGUGCCGGCCACUGAAUGCAGAAGAAAUAGCUGAAGGAGCUUCGACGGCCAUUGAUUUUGAGUCAGCUAAAGAUGGAGAGCUCAUUGUUAAAGGCCACGUAUCUUCCAAAAAAGUAUUCAAAUUUGAUUCCGUCUUCAGCCCCGAAGAAGACCAAGAAAAGGUGUUUGAGAAAACUGCACCAUUUGCAACCUCGGUGUUAGAUGGAUUCAAUGUUUGCAUCUUUGCUUAUGGACAGACCGGCACUGGUAAAACAUUUACCAUGGAAGGAAUUGAAGGUGCUCGAGGAGUCAACUACAGAACUUUGGAGGAACUCUUCCGGAUAAUAAAAGAAAGAGAGGGCAUUUUCUUGUAUGAGGUUACUGUCAGUGUUUUGGAGGUGUACAAUGAGCAGAUCCAUGAUUUGCUCCUGACAGGGUCUCAACCAGGCGCAACAACCAAAAGACUAGAAGUAAGACAAGUUGCAGAAGGGGUUCACCAUGUUCCUGGACUUGUUGAAGCACGGGUGACUAACAUGAAUGAAGCUUGGGAGGUCCUGCAAACUGGAAGCAAAGCUAGAGCUGUUGGUUCGACAAAUGCUAAUGAACAUAGCAGUCGAUCGCACUGCAUACACUGUGUAAUGGUCAAAGGAGAAAACUUGAUCAAUGGAGAAUGCACAAAGAGCAAGUUAUGGCUAAUUGACCUCGCCGGAAGUGAGCGGGUAGCAAAGACAGAUGUGCAAGGAGAAAGGUUGAAAGAAGCACAGAACAUCAAUAAAUCACUCUCUGCACUUGGUGAUGUCAUAUCAGCUCUUGCAGCAAAGACCCCGCAUAUCCCUUUUAGGAAUUCGAAGCUGACACACUUGCUGCAAGACUCACUAAGUGGAGAUUCCAAGACCUUGAUGUUUGUUCAAAUCAGCCCAAAUGAGAAUGAUGUAGGUGAAACUCUUUGCUCACUGAACUUCGCUAGCAGAGUGCGAGGAAUAGAGCUUGGACAAGCAAGAAAGCAAGUUGAUGUUGGAGAAUUGUCAAGAUACAAGCUCAUGGUUGGGAGAGCCAAGCAGGAUAUUAAGAACAAAGAUGCUCAGAUUAAAAGCAUGGAAGAAACAAUCCAAUCACUUGAAUCAAAGAACAAGGCCAAAGACUUGCUCACUAUGAAUCUCCAAGAGAAGAUCAAGGAGCUGGAAUCACAGCUGCUAGUUGAAAGAAAGAUAGCUCGGCAGCAUGUCGACAGCAAGAUUGCUCAAGACCAUCUGCAGAAUCAGCAUGGCUUGAAGGAAGAAGGGUCGUACCUGAGAAGCCCAAUGGCCGAGAGGAACCUCAACUCCACAGUAGAGAAGCCAUCAGCAGCAUGCAAAGAAUUUGGGAUCUCAAAGCAGAUGUUCUCUGACAGCAACACUGACACUUAUAGCUUCAAACAGCUGAUGUCACUCGUGGAGAAGGAGAAUAACCCUGGAGCUGGGCAGCUGCCACAGACAGCAAAAGCGAGACGAGUUUCGUUGUGCAACGGUGGAGCUUACCCACAGCCAAUGAACCAAGCCUCGCGUAGGACAUCGCUGAUACCACUUCCACGGCGGAACUCGCUGAUGCCGCUGCCUUCAGCCAAGAAUGCAGUAGCGGUGCCACCGCUGCUUGCCAAUAUCACGGAGCAUUUGUCGUCACCACCACUGUGCUCUCCUCCGGUUGUCUCCAAUGACAAGGGAAGCCGGAGCAAGAGGAUCAACAGCAUCCUGCGGCGAAGCCUGCAGAAGAAGGUGAUCAUCAAGCCAUCAAUGGCUGCACAAGCGGGGAGGAAAGCCAGUGUCAUCGCCACCACACAGGGCACUGAUGGUGCGCGCAAGGCGGCGCGGCGAGUACCAGUGAGCGGCGGUAAUGGGCAGAGGGUGCAGCAGAAGAGGGACAAGGAGCGGGGGUGGAACAACGCGACAAGCCUCAGGAACUGAAGACUCGAGGCUGCAUCUGCUUAGGCCGAGAGAAGUCUGUAGAUUGGUAGGAAGCUUAGGUGUUUAUAGAGGAUGGUUGAGUUUGUGAGUUCUCGCGUAUUGUGAGAGAACUCAGUUCCUUACAAAGGUUGAUGGUGCUUUGAUCCGUUUGUGUCGAGUUUGUGAGUUCUCACGUACUGAGAACUCUGAAUUUCUUAGAGGUUUGAUGGUGCUAGACCUUACUGCCAGAUAGACCUGUCUACGAGCGGCCGCUCUCACAAUCAGGUUUAUGAAUUUCCAGCUUGUGUGUUCACGUAA